AUGGCGGCCAUAUUUCACGAUAUGAUGCACCAGGAGCUAGAAGACUAUGUGGAUGACAUAGUGGUUAAGUCAAAGAGAAGAGAGGAGCACUUUUGUGUGUUAAAAAGGGCCCCUAUUCAUAAAAGACCACUGCUACUCUAUUUGGCCACCAACUCAUAUGCCAUCGGCGCACUAAUCACUCAGGAAGAUGGAGGUGGUGUUGAGCAGCCAAUAUACUACAUCAGCCGUGCCUUAAAAGAUGCAGAAACUCGUUACCCAAGGGUAGAGAGAGCGUGCCUGGCCAUUGUAUACGCUUCACAGAGGUUGCGUCACUAUUUCUUGGCCUACGAAGUAUGGCUGAUGUCUAAGUCCCAUGCCAUUAAAGCUCUGUUACAACAGCCGAUCCUCUCCGGCAGAAUAUCCCAAUGGUUGUUACAGUUAUCACAAUACGACUUAAGAAUGAGGACACCUAGGGCAGCGAAAAGUCAGGCUAUAGCAGAUUUAUUGGCACAGUUUCCAGGAGAGGAAGAAUUCCCACUGGAUAAUGAAGUUCCAGGGGAAGUAGCCAUGGCAAAAGAAGUCAGAGAACAGUGGAUAAUGAAAUUCGAUGGGUUUUCUACUAUCCAUUCCGGAGGGGUAGGAGUAGUUUUGUACCUUGAAGAAGACAAGGCAGUGGCGCUGUUAUUUAAGCUAGAAUUCGCCUGUUCAAACAACACUGCGGAGUACGAGGCCUACUUAACCAGGCUUGCCACGACUCUCGAAAUGGGAAUCAAACAUUUGAAAGUAUUGGGGGAUUCGAACUUGGUUGUUUGUCAGACCAAGGGAAGCUUUUCCUUAAAGGAGCCUAGCCUAGCCCUGUACAGAGCGAUGGCCUAG